AUGAAAAAGUUAUAAGAAUCAUUUGAAAGUGAGGCAUAAAACUUUCAAAAAAAAUUAACCAGCCAUUAAAACAAGUUUAAAGGAAAAUUUUAUGGAAUGAAUUAGAAAACGGAAGAAAAAAAAUAGAAAAUCAUUUAAAAAUUAUAAUCCACUAAAGAACAAUUAUAGUUAAGUAUUGAAAAUAACAAUUCGAAUAAAAAGUCUAAGCUUAACAAUAAAUUAUAGAAUUUAGAAGCAGAAUUACAGAAAAUCAAUCGAAAAGAUUAAAUUGCCAAAGAUUAUCAUUUGGUGUACAAUGGAUUGAUUCAAUAACUCUAAAUUACUUAAGAUCAAAAAAUUGGAGCACUACCAUAAUCUUAAAGAAAUUAAAAUUUUUAAAUAUUGUGUUCCAUCAAUAGAUAAGCGAUUAAUUUACAAAGCUAAGUUUAAAAAAAAAACAUCUUGAUCCCCUUAUUUAAAUUUGCCAUAACUGCAAUGAUCUUUUAAAUGAAUAUCUGA